CAAGAGAGUAUGAAAACAAUGCAGAGCGUCGCAUCUCCAAGUACUCGGCCAAAAACAAAUAUAAACCAAACGAGCGCACCGGGGUUUCUGCUUAAAUCUAAGCCAAUUGGUUACAUAUAUUUGCAAACACACCAUUGCAGUCGUAGGCGAUGGCGUUUGCCAAGAAGAAGAAAGAAGAUCCUCUAUCGUCCAACGACGAUGAGAUAUUGCAAAUAAAAAUAAUAGAGCUGCAGGAUAAAUUGGAGGAUAUCUUGAGCAACCAAGACGUAAUAAUCAACCUCCUAGGCCAAGUAGCAAACCCUCUGCUAAGCACUAACGGGUCUGAUGAUACCGAAUCCACUGAGGUCAGAACGCCAUAUUUCCCAGUGCGAGAUCCAGAAGAACUGACAAAAUUAGACGCUGAAUUGGCCAAGCCCGGAAAUAGCUUUAUUCCUAUGAUGAAGCGAAUAUUGCGCCCAGAAGGUGUCAUACAGCCACUGAAGGAGAAUAUUCUUAAGAUAUUCGGAGAGGAAAUAAUAAUGGGCUUCAACUUUGAUGGUGUGCAUCAGAAGCAGCCGUUUAGGCAGUUUACGAAUAUUAAUAAGAUCAUCUAUGAGAUUCAAAAAAGAAGUGGAUAUACUGAAGCAGACUACAUCGCAGACAUAAGAAUCACCUUCCACACACUAAAGCGGCGCUAUCAUAAAAGAAAACACGAUGUGAUGAAGAGGAGUAAAUUGAACAAAAUCUUUGACUGAGUUCAGUAUAGAAUUUGUGUUUAGAAAAAGCAAAUGUGACAAUAGUAUAGUUACUAACAUCAUUAAGGCAAUUUGACAAUGAGUCCAAAGACAUUUUCAAGACACUGAACGAGACGGGCAGCACAUUAAGCCAGAAAAAAGAAUCAAUUACCUGAUAACCAAGUUUUUACUCUAGUAUCUUCCUGAAUUUUACGAAUAUUGUUUUGAGAGAAAGAGAUACAUAGAUAGUGACCCCAAUCAUUUUAAGAUGUUACAUUUUUAAAACGAAGACAGGUUAUUGUGUUCAUUAAAACAUAGUUUUGUUUGAA